ACCAUGUGCUGAGAAGGGGGGGAAGGGUUAGCGGCACAGUAUGCCAUCCCUGGGGAAUGGGCGGGGUUGGGACAUCCGCGCUCGGGGGCGCUCUGCGGGAUGUAUUACUCUUCGGGGCGGGGCAGCUGGGUCCCCCCCAGGAGCGGCAGCCCGUGUCCCGCCCCCCCCCCCGAGAUGGUACAGCCCGGCUCUGGGGGUCCCCGGCUCGGCGUGCGCAGCGCUGGGUCUGGCCCGUCGGCUCCGGCUCCGCGCUGCCCCCGAGGCGAUGCUGCUGCCCCCGCUGCGGAGAGCGCUGCUGGGCUGCCCCCGCGCCGGGCUGCGAUGGCAACACCGUAUAGCUGUAGAGGUGACCAACGAACCCAUUCUGGAGUUCAAGCAGGGCAGCCCGGAACGAGCGGCUCUUCAGAAGGCGCUAAACGAUCUGAAGGGCAAGACGGAGGCCAUCCCGUGCGUGGUGGGGGGAGAAGAGGUGUGGACGUCAGACGUCAGAUACCAGUUGUCGCCGUUCAAUCACUCGCACAAAGUGGCCAAGUUCUGCUAUGCGGACAAGGACUUGCUUAACAAAGCAAUCGAUGCCGCCGUGGCAGUGCGGAAGGAGUGGGACCUGAGACCCGUCCAGGACAGGGCACAGAUCUUCUUCAAGGCGGCCGACAUGCUGAGCGGCCCACGGCGAGCGGAAAUGCUGGCCAAGACCAUGAUUGGGCAGGGCAAAACCGUCAUCCAGGCGGAAAUUGACGCAGCUGCGGAGCUGAUCGAUUUCUUCCGAUUCAAUGCCAAGUACGCGCUGGAGCUGGAGAACUCUCAGCCCAUCAGCGUCCCCAUCAGCACCAACAGCAUGGUCUACCGGGGGCUGGAGGGCUUUGUGGCAGCUGUUUCGCCCUUUAACUUCACUGCGAUUGGUGGGAACCUGGCAGGGGCUCCGGCUUUGAUGGGAAAUGUGGUCCUCUGGAAACCCAGCGAUGCCGCCAUGCUGUCCAACUUCACCGUGUACAAGAUCCUCCUGGAAGCUGGUCUCCCUCCAAACGUCAUUCAGUUUGUCCCGGCUGAUGGAACUGUUUUUGGAGACACGGUCACGAGCUCUGAGCAUUUCUGCGGGCUCAACUUCACGGGCAGCGUGCCAACCUUCAAGCACCUUUGGAAGCAGGUGUCAGAGAACCUGGAUCGGUACCGCACCUUCCCGCGCCUGGCAGGAGAGUGUGGCGGGAAGAACUUCCACUUCGUGCACAGCUCAGCCGACGUGCCCAGCGUGGUGAACGGGACCCUGCGCUCGGCCUUUGAGUACAGCGGCCAGAAAUGCUCGGCCUGCUCCCGCCUCUACGCCCCCGACUCGCUGUGGCCCCAGAUCAAAGAGAAACUGUUGGAGGAGCACGGGAACAUCAAAGUGGGAGACCCUGCCCAGGAUUUCGCCACGUUUUUCUCGGCUGUGAUCGAUGACAAGUCUUUUGCACGUAUUAAGAAGUGGAUCCAACACGCCAAGACGUCGCCCAACCUCAGCAUCCUGGCAGGGGGGACGUGCGAUGACACUGUUGGGUAUUUUGUUGAGCCAUGUAUCGUGGAGAGCAAAGACCCAAAGGACCCCAUCAUGGAAGAGGAAAUUUUUGGCCCAGUCCUGACUGUGUAUGUCUAUCCAGAAAAGCAGUACAAGGAAAUCCUACAGCUCAUAGACACCACAUCCCCCUACGGCCUCACAGGGGCAGUGUUCGCCCAGGAUAAGAACGUCAUCCAGGAAGCGAGGACGCUUUUGAGGAAUGCAGCUGGCAACUUCUACAUUAAUGAUAAGUCGACUGGUGCAAUUGUGGCCCAGCAGCCAUUUGGGGGCGCCCGUGCCUCAGGAACCAACGACAAACCUGGCAGUCCCUCCUACCUCCUGCGCUGGACGUCUCCCCAGGCCAUCAAGGAGACCCACGUGCCCCUCGGAGACUGGAAGUACGCGUACAUGCAAUGAUCGCGGCCCAGUGCCUUCCAUGCUGGGAGAAUGGCCUCUUAUUACUGACUCCAAAUGCAGAGCGUAGUGGCCGAUCUCAUUUCCAAGCUACGGCUCUAAUAGUAUUUAAAGCAUUUUGUUUUUGCAAACACAAUUUAACAGACUGUUACCCAGCAACAAGAGCAGCCCUUGUGAUUUCUCUGAUGUAGAGGAUUAGUCUAAGGCAGGGUUCUUCUGUAGGCUGCAGUUUGUUCACGGUCCUCUAGCAGGAGGAGGCUGCUCAUCAAGGAAGCCAGGAACCUCAGAACUACUAGACUAGAACAGAAAUACAGAAGCAAGAACCACAGGCCUGCGAGGAGAAACAUUCUGGAAAGAAUGAGAUAACUGGGAUUCAUGCUGAUCUGUGCUAAACAAAUCCACUAAGCUUGCCCUCCCAAAGUCCCAUAGAAUCAUAGAGGAACAUGCCUUUGGAGAUGUUCUUGUUCAUUUCUCCCCCUACAUUGGUCUAUGCAUGAUUGUGGUUUUCCAUCUAGAUCUCAGGGACAGUGUGUCUCCUGCUGCAGAUACGAAGCCAGUGCCCAGUCUGCCAUUGCAGAGGGAACAAAUCAUGUUCUUUAAAGGGCUUGGCCAUACGAACACUUAAUUCUCCGUACACUGCGGUGUAAAUCUACCCUGCACGGCACUAAGUGUCUGUGUGGACCUUGCUGCUGCCUGCUAAAAAUUCCCUACCGUGCUUUAAUCCAAGUGGGGUAGAUCUAAGCUCCCUAGGAAACUUUUAGUGUAUGGUAAAUUUACAUCCCAGCAUGCCGUCAACAAAGUGUUUGUGUGGACAAGCCGUAUGUUUUAUCAUCAAACACUGUAGGUGAUAAAAUGCCUUGCAGUCACACUUUGGCUGUAAAACCCUUGCGGAGUUUAGAGGGGAGACGCAUUUAGGGAACGUAAUGCAUGAAAACAGCAACUGAGUUGGGACUAGACAGAACCCUUGUCUUCCAACUCUUGUCCAUCCUUUUUCAAAAGCAGCCUCUAACACCCAUAUCCCUCUCCACCAGAAUAGGGACAGAUUUUGCUUUCUCCCCCUGAACUGAGAUUCCUGAAAUAAUCAAUAUGAGGCAUACAGCUCUUGCUUUAGAGCAGAUAAUGGCAUUAACAAGAUGGGCUUGCCCCUGUUACUUUCAGAGCUGUAUUAUCUUCUAAACACUUUAGUGCAUGGGCCAUGUUACAAAUCAUGCUUGUUAAACUCCAUUUUUAAAUUGCUUGUUGGUUAAGAAUUCCUGUUCUGGGGAGUGGGGGGAAACGUAUGUGAACUCUGGCUUGAAUGGAUCCAGAGAGCUACCCCAUUGGACUCUAGCGGUGCACUUUCCCAGAGUUCCUUGCUGUUAAGGUCAGAGGCUGUGGUCUGGCUUAGGCUCUAGUUUGAAUCGCAUCGUGACAGUAGCUCUGUUUGGCACGUAGUACUGAGGGGAUGCUGUUGUUGUGCAUUCCUCAUGGCUAUUUUGCUGUUAAACCCCUUGGUUUAAACCAGAUUCAGUGCUAGCCCCAUGUUUCACAUUAGUACAGCCCCGGGCUGUGCUAAGCCAAGCCAACGGCAAGGGUUAGCCAUACAGAUACUACUUUGCAACUGCGUCAGUAAUAGGUGCACUAAGGCUUUUUAGGUCUGGGAUUCACUAGCCCUUUGACAGCUAUCCAGCUGGGCAAGCUACUCCUCUGUGAGGUUACCUGAAUGGAUCCAGAGAGCAUCUCCUCUUCCCUGGCGUGGGUCUCAUGUUAGUAACAAGUGGGUGGCGGCAGCAGCAGGAAUCUUAUCGGCUGCUCAGAGGGAGAGAGAUCUGAUCACAAUGUUAAGAGUCCAUUUUGUCUCGGUUGGGCCUUAGACAGCAGGCCAUGUGUACAGUGAACACCCCUGACUGUCUGUUCCUGUACAUCAUGGGUAACACCUACCCACCUGUUCUGAGCACAAAACUGCUCUAAAUUGCAAAUGCUACUGCAGUCUUAUUAGUAGGUUCUUACACCAUGUCCACUGAGCUCUCUCAUCCAACUUUCCACAUUCCGAUUGGACAGGACCGUCUAACUUCAGUUCUAAUUUCGAAUGUUCCUUCAAUAGCAAGCUGUUACGGUUGACAAUUCCCGCAGCCAGAAUUGUGAAACUGUAGAUGAUUGACAGUACAGCCGUUAAUUGUCUGAGGUGUACAGUCAGUUAAAUGUUAACCUCUACUGUGCCUUGGCUAGUAUUUAGCUUUCAGGUCAAUAACUGGUCACUGCCACUGAAGUCAAUAUCCACUUAUUACAAAUAUCAAAUGCUGAAUCAUGAGACAGGUAAGCUGUUACCGUAUCUUAGUUACACAGACUUGUAUGCAUUUUAAAAGGAAACUGUUGAAGCAAAGGUUUGUUAAUGACUGAUUCUACUAGCACUUUUUGGUUCUAACUGUGUAAGAUUGAGUAUUUGAGGCAAAGAAACUCAUUUCAGGUACUCAUUUACCUUUUAUCACUAUACAAAAGUAAUAGACAAGAUUAAUCUGUACCAGGAUGCACAAUAGCAACAAGGUUUUGCAUAUUAAAAUAAAUCAGUAAUUUAUCCAGUAAAUACAAACAUUCAUGUGAUUGAUAGCUGGAGCUACUCUAUUUUAUAUACGCUUGUGAGAUAAGUUUGCAUAACGCUGCUGGGGAGAAUAAAUUCUCUUCCCCCGAUUCUGCAUUUAGUGCUUUUCUACACAGCCCCACAGUACGGCCUACAGGGGUGUGAACUGUUGCAUACACUAAAGUUUAGUGCUGUAAUUACCCCAUGUAGAUCUUGCUAGCAUGAACUAAGAGAUACCCAGUUUGCGUUAGUGUAGGGCUGUUUUAAACGGACUACGUUACUGUGAACUAAGUCCCUUUUAGUUCGUGCUAGCAGGGUCUACAGGGGGCACUUACAGUGCAAAACUUCAGUGUGUGCUGCAGUCUGCACUGUGGGGUCAUGUAGACAAGCGCCUUAGAGUAUGUCUACAUUGCAGUGAGAUACCCGGGGCUGGCAUGUCCCACAGGGCUCAGGCUCAGGGCCUGUUUAAUUGGGUCCAGCCCAAACCCAAGAGUCACCAACCACUAGUUUUUAACUGCAGUGUAGAUGUACCCUUGGUGCUGAGUGACUUGGGUAUCUCUUCUCCCAGCUCUUACCUGCCUCUCAGCUGUCCUCGCCAGGUCUUCACUCCCUUCCUAGCAGCUCUCCCUCAAGUGCUCACUGUAGAAUCUACACCCUACCUCUGCCUGCUUCACAGCUUGUCCUAACCCUUGUUCCUUGUUAAACUUAGAUCAAACUGCUGCAUUAGCUCAGUAGCCCCCUGCUGUCCCAGCCCUACGGCUUCUAAUCCUGCCAACUUCCUGUUGCACUGGAUGUAGUUUCCCUCAUGUUAUACCAUUCCUGCAUAUGGGAUAGGAGAUGACCUGGCUUUGUACCUCUUAAAAACCAGUGAGCUUUAAAAGGCCAAAAGCUUUUAAGCAUGGAAUGACCCUCUUGGUAUAACAGGUUUUUCCUAGCAUAAGGAUGAAAUAAGUAGGACCAGUCAGUCCAAAACAACCACCCUAUCAUGCAAGAAAGCACCUGGAUUUGUUUUAAGUUGCAAACUCCGUCCUGCUUCAAGCAAUCCUGCCCCAGUUUGGAAGCCAGAUGAAACUCAUCAAGUUAGCUAGAGUGCCACUUUGAUUUUCUGGGGGUUCAAAGGAACCGCACUAACAGACUCAAGUGGUGGAAAUCCCAUGGAUCAAAACCAAAGUGGUCACUGGCAUAAAACCCUGUGGAUGCAAACAGAGCCACUGCCACAAUAAACAGCCUGUCCCCUGUGCAACUCACUCUCCUGCCCAGUGUAUUGCUGUGGUAGUGACGGAGACAUGCGAAAAACAGUUGGGUUUUGUUUUCCUCCUUCCUAACAAUACAUGAACGUCCUUCUAAUAUUAGAAACUGCUGCUAAGAAUCCCUUUGUUAUGUUUGUCACCUUGCCACACAACAAGGAGAAGUAAUAAAAUCCUGUUUAAUCCUACCCUCCAUUUUGCCCAUUACCUCUACCUUCCCUCGCCAAACAUCAGGCUUGCGUGAUCUGUAAUGGCAAAUCUCCACCUCCAAAAGCUGCAAAGGGAACCAGCAUUUUCAUACUCUUAUUAUAAGGAGCUGGGGCUCCAGUUGGUUGAUUUCUUCUUAGUAAUAAUCUGAAUGCUGUUGUCUACACAAGAACGUAGUCUGUAUCCUGUUGAUGGCAUGUUAGCAAAAUGGGUCUUACCUGAAAUGCACUGUACAGAGAGCAAUGUUGAUCAGACAGAAAGCUGAGUGGGUGACCAGGUUGUUCAGAGCGGAAGGACUUCAGUUUACUAGGUCACUGGUCUGGCUGAUCCAAAAAGCUGUGAGUGUUCACAAAUGAUUCACUGGUUGUGUUCGAGUUGGAUUGCUCUUUGCUGCAGUUCAACUCAGGCUGAACACUGCAAGAUAUUUUCAAUGUAAAAGGUCCCUGCUGCUGUCGUCUCACCUGCAUGGGAGAAUGUAUAUUGUUGAGGGAUGAGAAUAAUACUCAGGAUGGGGCAGGUACUGCUAAUAAAAGACUCGCAAAGCA